UAACUACAUAUACACGCAGAAAUAUAUAUAACUAUUAUUUAGUAAAGAGACUCUGUGAAGCACUGACGUUAAUUUAGGCUUAUAAUAAUUAUAAAGUAAUGACUUCAAGAACGUUAUUUUUAUUUUGCUUAUUCGUGUUCUAUGGGUGUGUUAACACAAAUGCGAGACGAUGUGACAGUUGCAUGACUAUUCCUGAAUGCCCAGAAGCAGUAAGUUUCGGAAGGAAAGAAAAGAAUAAUUUGAAUUAUGUGAAAUCAAUACUGGAAAACGCUAAGUGCGAGGGAGUCUCAAUGAAACACGGAAGACCGUCACCUAAAAUUUGUUGUGAAGAUUUCACAAAUCAGGUCUUAUCAAGAUUAAAUGUAUUAGAUGAAGAAAAAAACAUAACAAAAAUAGAAGAAAAUGUAAAUAUGGAAACACACGAGAAUUUCAAACUAUUACCGACAAAAUGCGGCCGGUCUAAUGGAGAACGUAUCUUCGGGGGUGACUUUGCUAACCUCUAUGAGCUUCCGUGGAUGGUUAUCAUCGCUACAGAAGAAAAUGGAAAAAGAAAAUUCCAUUGCGGUGGAUCCAUUAUUAACGACAAAUAUGUUCUGACCGCUGCACACUGCUUGCAAAGACACAAAAUUCUUGGAGUUCGUAUUGGCGAGUAUAAUCUUAAUACGAAAGAAGACUGCUCUGGAUACGCAUCUUUCCGCGUUUGUGAAAAUCAUAUUCAGAACUGUCGUGUUGACGAAAUUAUUAUACAUGAAAAUUUCACUUAUAAUCCGCCAUCAAACGAUAUUGCUCUUAUCCGGCUCAAGAAACGAAUUGACUUAACAUAUAAAAACACUGAGCCAAUCUGUCUGCCAGUAUUCAAUGAACUAAUAAAAAUGGACCUUGCUAGAAAAAGAGCAACUGUAAGCGGCUGGGGACUGACAGAGUUUGCGAGAAAAUCGCCCAUUCUUCGGAAAGUUGAAAUACCGAUAAAGACGAGUUAUGAAUGUAUACAAAGUUAUUUGAGUUAUAAUAUUGAUGAAACUGACAUGAAGGUUAUGUGCGCUGGUGAAGACGGGAAGGAUAGUUGCAGCGGCGACUCAGGAGGCCCGCUAGUGAUUGAAGAUGUAUACAACGGCACAUUCCGAAACAUUCAAUUCGGGGUAGUCUCUUUGGGUCCUAGGACGUGUGGGUCAGGCGAACCCGGAAUGUAUACUGAUGUUAGAAAGUAUGUCAAGUGGAUUUUGGACCAUAUAAGAGAAUGAAAUUUUCAUCUUCAUAUCAAAUGUUUACCCUCCGUUGACUUCAAAUCAAAUAUAUUUUUAUAAAAGGUCAAGUGUUCUCUUUAUGUCGUUUAUGAAUUCUCAUAUCAAUAGUUUCAACAAUUUUUAAUAGAAUAGAAAAAUAUACAAUUAUUUUUCUAAAACCGUAUUAUUAAAAUAAAGUUUUUUUUUUAAACCAA